CAUCCGGUGCCGGGAGGUCACCGCCGUCCCCGUCCCACCGCCGGCCCCGUCCCACCGCCGGCCCCGGCCAUGGGGACCCCGGAGCCCCCCGAGGCGUCCCCGGGGCUGCUGGAGCCGCUGGUGGCCGCGGUGGCCGCCCUGGGCCAGCUGGCGGCCACCCCGGGGGACGUGGCCCUGCCGGCCCCGCUGGGCUCGCUGCGGGCCGCCUUGGUGGCCCUCAGCGCCGACGUCCGCCGGGCCCUGGACCACGGCCACGCCGAGGCCACCCGCCUCCGCCGGGCCCUGGCCACCGCCGGGGACAACCGGGCCACCAACCGGGACGCCGCGGCCACCACCUGCGACGACCGGGCCACCGCCGGAGGUGCCCAGGCCGGCAGGGCCACCGUAGGAGCCACCUGGGCCACCACUGGAGAUGUUCAGGCCACCGCUGGGGACACCACUUGGGCCGCUGGAGCCGCCGGGGCCACCACCGGGGCCACCACCGGGACCACCGAGGGUGUCACGACCACUGAGGCCACCACCGGAGCCACCAUGGCCGCUCCUGGGACCACCAGAGCCACCACCGAUGGUUCCACGGCCACCGUGACGGCCACCGAGGCCACCACCGGAGCCACCAUGGCUGCUCCUGGGACCACCAGAGCCACCGCCGAGGGUGCCACGGCCACCGUGACGGCCACCGAGGCCACCACCGGAGCCACCAUGGCCGCUCCUGGGACCACCAGAGCCACCGCCGAGGGUGCCACGGCCACCGUGACAACCACCGAGGCCACCACCGGAGCCACCGCGGCCGGGGCCACCUGGGCAACGGCGGUGGCCACCGCCCGGCAGUGGCGGGAGGCGGGUGGCGGCCGUGGAGGCCACCUGGGAGAAGGCGGCGGCGGCCGCCGAGCGCCUGGGGGACGAGUGCGGGGCGGUGGUGGCCGCGGGGGCCACCGACGAGGCCACCGGCGAGGCGGCCAGGGCUUUGGAGGCCGCGGUGGCCCGGGAGACGACGGCGCGCCGGGAGCUGCUGGUGGCCGCCCGGACCUUGCCCGUGGCCACGGACCCGGCCGAGGCGGCCCAGGCGGUGGCCGCCCACGGGGACCGGGUGGCCGCGGCCGGCGCCGGGUUGCGGGAGGCCACCGAGGCCACCGGGCGGGCGGCGGAGGCCAUGAUGGCGGCGGCGGCGGCCGCGGCCCGGGGACACCGAGCCGUGGUGGCCAGGGGACCUCUGGGACAGCUGGUGGGCGCCUGCCGUGGGGCCACCUGCUUCUACCGGUUGGACCUGGGGACCCCCUAGGAGGUUCUGGUGGCCCCGAGGUGGGUCCUGGUGGCCCCAAGGGGAUCCAUGGUGCCCCCAAGGUGGCCUCAGGGGCUCCAGGUGGCCCUGAGUUGGGUCCUGGUGGCCCCAAGGGGAUCCAUGAUGUCCCCGAGGUGGCCCUGGGGCCUCCAGGUGGCCCUGAGUUGGGUCCUGGUGGCCCCAAGGGGAUCCAUGGUGUCCCCGAGGUGGCCCCGGGGCCUCCAGGUGGCCCUGAGUUGGGUCCUGGUGGCCCCAAGGGGACCCAUGGUGUCCCCGAGGUGGCCCUGGGGCCUCCAGGUGGCCCUGAGUUGGGUCCUGGUGGCCCCAAGGGGACCCAUGGUGUCCCCGAGGUGGGUCUUGGUGUCCCCAAGGCCGUUGAGGUGGCCCAGAGGGCUCCACGUGGCCCUGAGGUGGGUCCCGGUGGCCCCGAGGGGGUUCUCGGUGCCCCCGAGGUGGGUCCUGGUGGCCCCAAGGGGGAUCCUGGUGGCCCCAGACCCGGCGAGGACCCCGGGCCGGCGGUGGCCCCGGGGGGCGGCGGGGACCUCGGGGACGUCCCCGCGCGGGUGGCGGCGGCGGCGGCGCUGUGGGGGGCCAGCGGGCGCCUGGCGCGGGGUCACCUCCUGGGGGCGCUGCGGGUGGCCCGAGGGGCGCUGGCGGCCACCGCCGCGGGACCGGGGGCCACCGCCGCCGCCGCCGAGGUGGCCCGGCGGUGCCAGGCCGCCGCCGCCGCCCUGCCGGGCCUGCUGCCCUCCGGCACACCGUAG